AUGAGUAUUUGUAAAUAUAGAGAUAUUGAACACAGAGAAAGGAUCAAAAAGGAUAGUGUUAAUAAAUACAGAACAGACCCGCAGCACAGGCAGAAGGUGAAAGAAAGUAGUGUUUUUAAGUACAAAACAGACUCGCAGCACAGGCAGAAGGUAAAAGAAAGUAGUGUUGUCAAGUACAAAACAGACUCGCAGCACAGGCAGAAAGUAAAAGAAAGUAGUGUUGUCAAGUACAAAACAGACUCGCAGCACAGGCAGAAGGUAAAAGAAAGUAGUGUUGUCAAGUACAAAACAGACUCACAGCACAGGCAGAACACUAAAUCCAUCAGCAGAAAGAAGUACAGUGACAGUUUAGAACACAGGCAGCAAGUCAUUGCUCGUGUUGAGUUGAGUAGGAAGCAGAUAAAGGACAAGUCUCAGGAUUUUGGUUUUGUUAUGGAUCAGUUUGUCGACAAGGUUAAAGACGGUCCAGAUUUUGUCUGUUGCGUUUGCCAUCGGUUGUUGUUCAGGCAUCAGGUGCUGACUUGUCAGAGGGAGGUUUAUAGUUCCAGGUCAGAAUCGGCUCGUGUAGCGGAGAGGUGCAUCAGUGACGAUUAUUUGCAUUGUUGUAUUGAAGAGUGUGCUGAGCCCUGUCAACUGGUUCCUUCUAGAGGACACCUUUGGAUUUGCUACACCUGCCAUUCUAAGCUCAGUAAAGGUGAGACUCCAGCUGAGUGCUGGAUCAAUGACCUGCAGCUUGAUCCCAUUCCACCUGAACUGGGAUGCUUGCAUAGUUUAGAGCAGCACCUGAUCGCGUUGCAUAUUCCGUUCAUGAAGAUGUUGGCGCUGCCUAAGGGAGGGCAGAAUGGAGUACAUGGACCAGUCACCUGUGUUCCAGCCAACAUUGUUCAGACGACCAGCGUGUUGCCUCGGUCGAGUAUGGAAGGCUCUCUGUUACAGGUCAAGCUGAAGAGGAAGUUGACCUACAAGGGACACUAUGAGUAUCAGUUUGUGGAUACUCUACGUGUCAGGCAGGCGCUAGACUAUUUAAAGAGAACCAAUGUUUAUUACAAAGACAUUGAGUUCAAUGAGGACUGGGUCAAUGAGUUUAGUAGACAAGAAGAUGAGGAGCAGGAAGAGGGUGAGUCAGACUGUGAGGAUGAGACAGUGAAGGAGAAAGGUGAUAUUCAGGUUGUUGUAGAGGGCGAGGUGGCCCAUCAGGAUGGUGGUGAGGUUCAGAAAAGGCCUGCAGUUGUUCAUGUUGUUGUGGAGGAAUCAGCAGACAUAAUUCAAGAUGAAAUGUUACAUGACAGACAGCAACACUGCAUGUUUCAGGACACUUGUCUUAUGCCUGUUGAUAUUGGUCAGGAGGCUCUAGACCAGUAUUUUGAGGACAUAGUCAAUGUAGCGCCUGCAGAGGGGAACAGUCCAGUCCGGAUGCUUUCUGAUGAUUCAAACGAAGCCAAGUGUUUCCCCGUGUUGUUUCCUUUAGGACAGAAGACCUUCCAUCAUGAGCGGAAUCAUGCUUUGACGUUGUCGCGUUAUUUUAAUAACCGGAUCAUGCACGCUGAUGGCCGUUUUGCGCGAAAUGUUGAGUAUAUCUUUUUUGCUCAGUUCAUGUCUGAGAUGGACAGGGUGGUGUCUAGUGUUUCUGUUGCACUGCGUAAGGGAAAAGGUGAUCAGGGCUCUGCACAGAUUAGCCAGAGGAUGUUGCAGGAUGAGGAGUCUCUGAAGCAGUUGUUGCAGUUUGAUGAGGGUUUCCGGUUCCUGAGGCCUAUUAGAGGGACUCCUGCGUUCUGGCAGUCUGUGCAGAAGGACAUCUUUGCCUGUGUCCGUCAGUUAGGCAUCCCUACGUGGUUCUGUUCGUUUUCGUCUGCAGAUCUGCGCUGGCAGAACCUUCUGACCAGCAUCCUGAAACAGGAAGGCAGAGUGCAGACGGUGGAGGAUUUGGAGUGGGCAGACAGGUGUGAGUUGUUGCGGCGUAAUCCAGUUACUGCGGCCAGGAUGUUUGAUUACAGGUGGCAUUGUUUUCUGAAAGAGGUUCUCAUGUCUCCUUCUGAGCCAAUUGGCAGAAUCAUCGAUCAUUUCUACCGUGUUGAGUUUCAGCAGCGCGGUUCUCCUCAUGUUCACUGCUUGUUCUGGAUCGAGGGCGCUCCUAAAAUUGACCAGAACACAGAUGAGGAGGUGGUCGAGUUUAUUGAUCAGUAUGUAACGUGUGAGCUGCCCUCAGAUGACGACGCGUUAUUGGAUAUUGUGUCGUCGGUUCAAACACAUUCCAAACGACACUCAAAGUCUUGUCGGAAGAACAAAACAACGUGUCGUUUCCAUUUUCCAAAACCUGCUACUACGCGUACAUUCCUCUGUAAGAUGAAGGAAUGUCGCUGUGACAAACAGAAGCUGAAGGAGGCCCAGAAGAAUCCUGAUUCAGAGAACAAGCUGGUCUGUAAGUGCUUUGAGAAGGAUAACCCGAUGAAGAAGGAGGUCGCAAAGGAGAUUUUGGCAUCUGUGAGCAAAGCUAUCAGGGAGGAGGAGCCGUUUGAUAGUGUAGAGGAGUUGUUUGCCAGUCAACACAUCAACCAGGAUAUCUUUGAAACGGCCUACAGGAGGUUAGAGAAGAAGACCAAGGUUGUUUAUAGGAGAGGCUUGAAGGAGGUGUGGGUAAACCAGUAUAGCAAGAAGUUGUUGAAGUGCUGGAACGCUAACAUGGACCUUAGCUUUGUCACCGACGCCUACGCCGUAAUUGUUUACAUCAUUUCAUAUAUUACGAAAGCAGAGAGAGAAAUUGGCCUACUAUUGAACAACGCCCAAAAAGAAGCAUCCAAAGAAGGAAACCUCUCUGCUCGAGAAGCCCUGAAGAAGCUGGGCAGUGUGUAUUUACACAACAGGGACGUUUGUGCCCAGGAGGCGGUGUAUAGGCUAACCAACAUGCACCUGAAGGAGUGUUCCAGGAAGGUGGUGUUUGUUCCAACAGGGAACAACAUCGUGAGGAUGAGUUUACCCCUCCAUGUCCUGAAGGAGAGGGCGUCAUCACGUGAUCUGAGCUCAGAUGACAUGUGGAUGACCAGCAUAGUGGACAGGUACAGGAACAGGCCUGAUGGUGGUGUGUUUGACAACAUGUGUAUUGCCACGUUUGCGUCGGAGUAUCGUGUUCUCACCAGGAAUGAAAUUUCUCCAAACAGAAUCGAGUUGAGGAACAGAUUGGGCUUCAUCUUGAGGAGAACACGGUCUCAGUUUGCAGUUGUCCGCUACAUGCGUUUCAACUUGGACAAACAACGGGAGGCUUAUUUUCAGGGUGUGCUGCAGUUGUUCCUUCCUUAUAGAAGUGACUCAGAGCUCAAGCCCGAGGGCUUCCAGCUCUUUGAACAGUUCUAUAACGACGGUGAGGUGACGUUUGGCGACAGCUCCGUCCAUAGAGUCAAGGUGGUGGUGGAUGAGAACAGGGCCCGGUUUGAGAUCGAUCCUGAGAACCUGGAGCGUGCUGAGGAGAUCGCUCACCAUGUCCACGGCCUUGAGGAAGACGCUUGGGGGGACCUGUGUCCUGAACAGGAGCUGGAACGCGACGAGUGUGCUGAAGAGUUGAGAGAGCAACAGGCAACAGAGAUAGCAGAUGAGCAGUUGGUGGAGGGUCUGGAGAACGUUCCAGAUCUGCAGGAACGUGGCCGACAGGUGGCCCAGUUAGAGAGGAACAGGCUGGUGUUGUCUCGUGCUGAGGGCUUAGCUCUAGUUAGGUCUCUGAAUGAGACACAGCAGGCUGUUUUCUACCAGGUGAGGCAGUGGUGUCUGCAGAAGGUGAGGGGUGAAAACCCACCGCCUCUGCAUGUCUUUCUGACUGGGGGGGCGGGGUCGGGGAAAACGCAUUUAAUCAGGGCCAUCCAGUACGAGGCAGGGAGGCUGCUGUCAACACUUUGUGAUCAACCAGACGAGAUCUGUGUUUUGUUAACGGCUCCAACAGGAAUAGCUGCGUACAAUUUAAACGCAGCAACAAUUCACCACACCUUGAGCAUCGGCAAACAGUGUAGUUUACCUUACAUCCCUCUGGGUGAAGAUAAACUAAACUCUCUGCGAGCUAAAUUCCGUCACCUCCAAAUUCUAGUGAUUGAUGAGAUCAGUAUGGUGGAUCACCUUCUGUUGGCGUACGUCCAUGGCCGCUUGAGGCAGAUCAAGCAGACUGGAGACUUUUCCCCAUUCGGUAAUGUCAGUGUGAUCGCUGUGGGAGACUUCUACCAGUUGCCUCCCGUUAAAGGGAAGCCUCUGUACAGCAGUCAGGUGGGUGUGGACCUGUGGUGCCACUUCAAUGUGGUGCAGCUGACCACGGUGGUGAGGCAGAAGGACAGCGUGUUUGCCGAGUUGCUCAACAGGUUGAGAGUGCGUUCCAGAGACACCCCCAUGUUGGAGAGUGACGUCCACAUCCUGAAGAGCUGUGAGACGGGCGAGGAGAGCUCAGCCUUGCACAUUUUCCCCACUAACCGUAAAGUGAAUGAGCACAACUUGAAGCAGCUGUGUCGGACGUGUCCCGAUCCUGUGACCAUUGAAGCUCAGGACUUCAUGAACAACAGGAGUACGGGGAAGCUGGAGUUGAUGGCGGGGCAUCACAGUGCGGCGUUGGACACGUCCUUAGAGGAGACUCUGAGUCUGGGUCCAGACGCCCGUGUGAUGCUGUGUAAGAAUGUGGACGUGGAAGACGGUCUGGUCAAUGGAGCAUGUGGCACAGUCACUCAUAUCCAGUUGAGACAGGGUGACAACUUUCCUCAGACAGUUUAUGUCAAAUUUGACGAUGAGAAAAUUGGCUCCCAGAGGAGGAAGAAGCGCUCACAUGCUGCAGUGGCCUGCCGGCUCUCUACUGCCAUCGAUCCGGUGGAGGAGAAGGCCACCAAGCGUGGAGGUUUGCGUCGUCAGUUCCCUCUGAAGUUGGCCUGGGCAUGCACCGUCCACAAGGUGCAGGGCCUGACGGUGGACCGGGCCGUGGUGUGUUUGGAGAAGGUGUUUGCACCUGGCCAGGCCUACGUAGCUCUGAGUCGUGUGAGGGAUUUGUCUGGACUGAUCAUCAUGAACUUUAAAGAGAAGUCCAUUUACUGCAAGGACACCAUCAAGGAGGCCUUGGACAGGAUGCCUCCAUUUUUGAUUGAGCAGCCACAACCUUCAUUAGACACGCCCACUCUGUCAGUGUAUCUAAUGAACGUUCAAAACUUAAGUCGCCACCUGGUGGAUUUGGUGUCCUGCACACAGCAUUUGCAGCCUACCUGCAUUGCUGUCACAGAGACGUGGCUCACUGCACAGUCCUCACUAGACAGCGUCCAGAUUGACGGCUACUCCUUCCACAGCCGCCCUCGUGCUCUGUGUUACAGCAGCAGUCAGCCCAAACUGUUAGAGCUGCAGGCUUUAGAACAUGGUGGAGUUGGUUUGUACAGGCCAGCAGAUUCAGACUGUGACAUCCUGCAGGCACCCGAUUUGGAUCUGGAGUGUUUGGUGUGCCUGUGGAACAAAUUCAACAUGGUGAUGGCAGUAGUUUAUCGUCCACCACGUUACCCAAAUUCCCUCUUCAAGCAGAACCUGCAGCGGUUGCUGCGUUGGCUUAAUCCAAUCAGUGACACCAUUGUAGUCAUGGGAGAUUUCAAUGAGAACAUUUUAACAGGAUCAUCAAUCAGCAAAUUAAUGGGAAGCAAAGGAUUUGACCAGCUGGUGACACAAGCGAGCACAGAAAAGGGGACUCUGAUUGAUCACGUUUAUGUGAGAAGUAGACGGUUUGAUGUGGAAUGUGCAGUGAUGCCCACGUACUUCAGUGAUCAUGAAGGAAUUCUGUGUAGUUUCAGAGCUGGAGGUGACCAGGGGCAGCUAGAGGAGCUGGACAGGUGGUUUGAGCUGGAUGAUGUGGAGUUUGAAGAUGUUGAGGGGAUGUUAGAGGACGACUUGGACUGA